GUCAGGAGCAGCGGUAGCCGCACCGACAUCGUCCUCCACCUCCUCUAUUACCUCUAUCUCUUCUUCGUCCGGUUCAUCCUCCUCUUCUAUCUCUUCCUCCUCCUCCUCCUCCUCCUCCUCGUCGUCGUCGUCGUCGUUGUCGUCUAGCAGUGCGUGCCAGCAGCGCGAGGCUAAAACAAGCACGGUGGCUGCUAACGCCGAUGAGCUGGAUCCGGCCGCGACUAAUGCGACCAACAACUUUGAGUACGACGACAACGAAUGGGACAUUGGCAUAGGAGAUCUUAUAAUCGAUCUUGAUGCGGACAUUGAGAAGACGAGGGACGAGAAACUGAGCUCCUCGGGGACAGGCAUGGCUUCUACGCCUGCCUCGGCAGCAUCGGCCACGAAUAAUCCGAAUCAUCAUCAUCUUCAAAACUCAGUGUCAGCUUUGAACUCGUCUAACUCGUCCAACUCGGUAUCCGGAGUCGUAUCGUCUGGCGUAGUAUCGAACGCGGUUAAUCAGUCAUCGUCCUCGUUAUCGUCCAAUUCGAAUUCGUCGAACUCGUCUAACGUCUCGUCGUCCUCGUCGUCCUCCUCAGGCUCGUCCUCGUCGUCGUCCUCCUCCUCUUCGAACUCUUCCUCGUCCGGUGGUGCCGGUGGUGGUUGCGUCGUCGGUAAUUCGGGAAACGGCCGAGCCCAAAGCCCCUGUAGCUUAGGCGCAGGUGGCAACGCUCCUACGGCGAACGGGCCGAUCGUCAUCGGCGGUAACAACGGUACUGGUAACAAUCAGACGAGCAACGGUUCGACCUCUUCGCAGGUGCAGCAGCUAGUUACGGGAGGAAAGCAAGGGUCCGCGACUGUAGUGGGCGCGGUAAACGCCGUGGUACACGGUAACGCCGGAAAUCCCGGCAAGAUGGCCGUUGAACAUUCGGCGACCGUCGACAAGGGCCUCAAGAUGAAGAUCAAGCGUACGAAGCCCGGAACGAAGAGCAGCGAGGCCAAGCACGAGAUCGUUAAGUCGAACGAGAUCAAUGGUACGGCCUCUUCCCAGGAUAGCAACAACGGAUCUUCCCAAUCGUCGAGCUCAACGUCGGGUUCGGCGACAUCGGGCUCAUCGUCGACCUCCGUCGGGCAAAACUCUCAAAAUUCGGAGUGUGUAAGCGGUGCGGGUGGUGGUAGUGGUGGUGGUGGUGCCGGUGGUGGAAGUGGUGCUGGUAGUGGUGGUAGUGGUGGUAGUGGUGCCGGUGGUGCCGGCGGCGGUGGUAGCGGUACCACGGCCGGUCAAACCGGUGCCACCGGACAAUCGUCUUCCUCGAACAAAUCUAAACCCAGCCAUUCGCCGGCCUCGGCGACCGGGACGGGAAACGCGCAGUCCUCGACGGCGGGCUCGAAGCGCGGCUCGAGCGGACAUCGCCGUGAAAAGGCUCGUGACAAGCACGAGAAACCACAGAACAAUCACGCGCCGCAACAAUCGAAACCGGAGAUGAACGGAACGGCGAGGCCGCCGGCACCUCAGAGUCAAAACUCGGCGGGACAGGCAACCCAGUCGCAGGGACCGACGCCGGCAGCGACGGCGCCUCAACAGACUCAGGGACCACCGCCUAGCUCAAGGACGGGCUUUUCUGUCUCGCAAGGAGCCGGACCACCGGCAACUAGCGCCGCGGCGCCCUGUCCUCCGCCGAGCCCGGCCAGCGCAACGGCAGCUGGGGCCCCGGCCAAGCCGGAACAGACCAAGGUGGCCUCCGUACCGGGACCACCCCUUACUACGCCGGCCGAGGAGGCCAUGGACACUGCGGCUAGUCCUCCUCCGGCCAAGAAGAUGAAGACGUCCAAUACGGAACCAAAGGACAUGUCCGACGUUUGCGUUGGGACCAGCGUGGGGACCAUUACCGAGCCUGAAUGUUUGGGACCCUGUGAGCCUGGCACAUCGGUCACGCUCGAGGGUAUCGUUUGGCAUGAGACCGAAGGAGCAGGUGUAUUGGUCGUGAACGUAACGUGGCGGGGUAAGACGUACGUCGGUACUCUAUUGGAUUGUACACGACACGAUUGGGCACCUCCAAGGUUUUGCGAUUCACCGACGAGCGAUUUGGACGCACGUACACCUAAAGGUCGUGGAAAACGUGGCCGGGCAGCAGCAAAUUCUACACCGGGCAACGAUCUCAGUAAUUUCACCGAGACAAGGAGUUCGGUGCACAGUAAAUUACGAAAUGGCGGUGCAAAAGGUCGAAGAGGUGCUCAGGGUUCACCGGCGGCGAGUCCAAGUCCGGCUGCCUUUGUGCCGCCGAGAUCGGAUCCAGCUGCUAAGAGAAAAUCUCGUGGUCCAGAAGAAGAGGAGAAGAAUAAAAGACGGGCACCACCUCCUACGCCUCCUAGUGGUUCGCCUCCGGCGAGCCCGGUCCUUUUGGAGUGUCCCGAACCGAAUUGUAGUAAAAAGUACAAACAUAUAAAUGGACUGAAGUAUCAUCAGAGUCACGCGCACGGUUCCGCGGACGACGAUGAUACGAAGGAGGGCAUCACUAGCAUGUCCGAGAACGACGAGAGCAACAUAGAAGCUCCGAGUCCAGCCACGCCGGUGAAGUCUCCAGCGGACAAACCGGAAGGAACCCCUGUCAGAGCGGCGAGUCCACCGGCGACGAGUUUACCGCCAGAGACACCACCGCCUCCACCUCGGGUACCUUCUCCUAGUAUAGAGACACCUAUGCCAGUUUUAACCUCGGACAAGGCUAUCGUCAAACCUGGUGUUUUAAGGUUCGGCCAAGACGAUUUACCUGCUCCUACGUCCGCGGCACCGCCUUCCUCGAGACAACAAAGUAUCCAACAACAACAACAGCAGCAACAACAACAGCAACAACAACAGCAGCAACAACAGCAACAGCAACAACAGCAACAACAACAACAGCAACAACAAAGUCAACCGUCGAUAACAUCGACGAAUCCACCUCAAAGUCCGAGUCCUCACCCAAGUCAAUCUCCCAGGCCCGUGCCUUCGCCACAUCCCAGUACAAACAUACCGCAGCCACUCAAUAUACCUCAACCUCCUCAACCUUCUCAAGUUCAACAACAUCAGCAACAAAAUCCGUUGUUGCAACAAGCCCAACAGACGUUACAAACCGGACCACCGCCUCAACUGCAAUCGAGUCAACAGCAGCAACAACAGUUACAAUCGUCCGUACAGCAACAAUUGCCGCCGGCACAUCAGUUGCAAUCCGUACAGCAUCCCUUGUCCACGCAGUUGGGACAACCAACUCAAGCGCAUGUUAUUCAGCAGCCAACUUUACAGCAGCAACAACAAAGUUUGCAAAGUAUGGCGAGUCAGCAUCCAGGUCUUCAAGGUCUUACCGGACAAGUUUCACAACAAACGGGUCUACAAACUGGGCCUCCGACGACUGGACAUCCUGGACAAGGUGUACAAUCUCACAUGCAACAGUAUCCAAGUGUUUCUCUGCACACGAAGAUGCCGCAAUUCAAAGUAAAGCCUACGGCGGCAUUGAUGCCAGAGCAGGAUAAGAGUAAGGACCCGCGAACGCCGAAGCCGCAAGGUUACAAAAAGAAAUCGAAAAAAUCACCCGGUGGAAGUCCACAUCCUUCGCCUUUGGAAACGCCAAUAGUCGAUUCUGCGAGGGAAGACGUCCAAAGUCCGGCCUACUCGGACAUAUCGGACGAUGCGGCGCCUGUUCUCGAGGCAGAACCCGCCGACAAGUCGAAACAAAAUCAAGAAAAGGACAACAAAACAAGCGCGCCGACGCAUCUACCUGCUCACUUUGGAAUGUACCCGUAUUACGGUCAACCUCCUUACUUGGUGCCUAGUGUUCAGGACAGCAAGUCGGUCGAUCAGAAACCAAGCGAUCUCACGCCAAAACAGGAAAUGAAACCUUUGAACAUACCGCAGAUGCCAUCGAUGGCGAGUUUGCAAAGCGUCGUCUCGGAGAAAGAAAAGAAGGAACUGAGUCAACCCUUGCCUCAACCUCAACAGCAGCCGCACUAUUAUGGUGGUUACGGUGGCUACAUGCCUCCUGGUUAUCCGUAUCAGCCACCGCAAGCGAUUUCCCAACAACAACAGCAACAACAACAAAAUCAGCAAGUGCAAGAACAAGAAGCGCAUGAGCAAAAGGCAAAGAUGAAGCAGGAACCACAAUCGCAACAACCGAGCUUGAAAGACAAACAACACGAAAACCAUCAGAUACUAAAGGAAAGUAUCGAGAUGAAGAGUCAAAUGAGUCCUUAUCACGUGUACCACGGGACGCAAAGUCAAAGAGCAGCGCCUCCUCCACCACCUCCUGGUCCUGUACAAGAUGACAGGAGGUAUUACCUUUAUCCCGGAGAGCAAAGGCGAAAAGAAGAGUCGAACAAACAAAGUCAACAAGCGAAAGCUCCACCCCCAAGUCCGAAGCAUCAACCGAAGCAAGAAAAGCCUCAGGAUUUGGGCAAGAGCGACGACUCGAAAAACAAGCAAGAAGGCGUGAAGCCUACGAUGGAGACUCAGGGACCACCGCCACCGCCAACAUCGCAAUACGCGUAUAUACAUCCGGGAUAUAUGCAGCCACAGCAUUACGGUGCGCUACCCUUCGACCCUGGCCAUCCAGUUUACAGAGGUUUAAGUCCUAUGUUGGUGCCUGGACCUUAUUCGGGUAGUCCUUACCUGCAUCAGUUGCCUAGGUAUCAUGCACCGGAGGAUCUAAGCCGUCCACCGGGUGGCAAGGCCCUCGAUCUUUUGCAGCACCACGCGAAUCAGUAUUAUUCGGCGCACAAGAUCCAUGAACUCCAGGAACGUGCCCUGAAGUCGCCGACGCCAAAGACGUCCGCGGCAUCUGCCAGUCCGUCUUCGGCAGGGCCAACACCUGCCAGACCACCUAGCGGACCACCGACUUCGGUAGCGGGGCCGGGUCCACCGCAGGGUCAAGGUCAACAGCCUGGAAAACAACAAGGACAACCUGGCGGUCAGCAGCAACAAUCUGGCCCGGUCGAUACCGGUAGCGGGAAUCUUGGAAAGGACAGCAGAUCUCCACCACCUCAGAGACACGUGCACACGCAUCAUCACACGCAUGUGGGAUUAGGCUAUCCCCUUUUAACGGGACAAUACCCCGCUCCUUACGGAGCGGCAGUGCUAGCGAGUCAGCAGGCCGCCGCGGUAGCCGCCUCGGUGAUCUCGCCAUUUCCGCCCAAGUGACCCGCGGCCCCCGGUCCCGUACUAGCCGGUGGAACCGGCGGAACCGCCGGAAGCAGCUCCGCACAAACUCACCACGCGCCGCAUCCGGCCUCGAGCGGUGCCGUCGCGAGCAGACAGCCCUAAGGAAAAUCCCUAAGGAACUUUCGAGAGGAUCACCUCAUCCUUUUCCUUUCAAGUCAAUUUAUUUGCUGACACCAUUCUCUCUCUCUCUCUCUCUCUCUCUCUCUCUCUCUCUCUCUCUCUCUCUCUCUCUCUCUCUCUCUCUCUCUCUCCCUCUCAAUCUCAAUAUCUCUCUUUACCUCUUUCUGACUCUUUGUCUCUUUCUCUCUCUCUCUGUCUAUAUCUAUAUCUCUCUAUUUCUCUCUCUCUUUCUCUGUCUUUCUCUCUCAUUUUUUCUGUCUGUCAAUCACAUUUCUUUGGACCAGUCGUAAUGAGGCUGAUAAAAUUGUACUUAAAAUCACGAAGAGCCCUUGGACAAACUUCGGUUAUCUUCGAAUAUAUCAUCCUCGCCUCGUACAGCCUCGGUCGUCAGAGUUCAACGAAGAAUAAGUGUAAUCUUGUCGAGUUUUUCUCAAUAAUGUCAUUGAUGAAUCAUUUCUUUUCGUUGAAUUGAAUUUUUUCGUCGAAGUUUAUCGUAUCUCGAAGUAUCAUCAUAACGAUUGAAAGUAGACCCCCCCUUCUCUCUCUUUUUCAUACCCUCCCAUCUCUCUCUCUCUCUCUGUCUAAUUCUUUCUCGAGCUUCGAUGCAAGCGCGUGUACCGAUCUUUUCGUGUACAUAGAUAGAUACCUACAUAAAUGCAUACAUACAUACAUACAUACAUACAUAAAUGCAUACAUACAUAAAUACGAACGUAUAUUCGUAGGUUCGAUGCAGAACCAAAAUGGUUGAUACAUUUUCCUUUGUAAAUAACGUGUAAAUAAAAUGAUGUAAGCAUAUACAUAAUAUUAUUACUCUCGUUCUCGGACAAGCAUCGUCGUCGUAUCCGAUAUACGUAAGCGAUAAAUGUAAAAUAUAUAUCAUAGAACUGAGUAAAGUUUUUAUCUAACAGAUUAAUAAAUAAAUGAUACGCGAGAAUGUUUUAUUAAUUGCGCUUGUUAGUUUGAAGGAAAAUUCGAUUAGAUUCGAUCAUUUCGACUCACGAAAGUAUAUAAUACAUUCUAUAAAAAAAAUCGCGCGUGCGUGUUUAACUUUCGAUGAAUGAAAGAUAUAACAUAAUAACAAAUUUUCUAUUCACGUUGCACCAACAAAGCUUUAUCUCCGUCGAUAGAUCUUAAUGGAUCUCGUGAUAAAAAAAAGAAUAUAUAUUGGAGAAUGUCCAACGAUUGGAUUUUUGUCAACGCUAUUAGGAAUAAAAAAAAAAACAUUCAAUUGAAAAGGAGAUGAUAAGCUUUAUCGAUCGACGUGAAAUGAAAAAUCGUUUAUUGCAAGAAAAGGGAUGAAAGAUGUCAGUGAAAAUAGGGAAAGGUCCGUAGAUCGCAUAAGUCACAAACAAGAAAGAUCUAUCGAUAGCGUGAGUCGAGUAAAUCAAAUUUUAAUGAAUUUAAUAAUUGAGAGAAAAAGAAAAAGAAAAAGUGAGGGUGAAAAGGAGAGAGGGAGAGAGAGAUAGAGAGAGAUAAUAAGAGGGAGGAUAUAUAUAUAUAUAUAUAUAUAUAUAUAUAUAUAUAUAUAUGUAUGUAUGUAUGUAUGUAUAUAUAUAUAUAUAUAAGAAACGAAUGAAAAUGCGAAAAAAUUAAUAAUCUAAAAAUAUAUUUCGUCAGACUGAAAGACUAUAAAGGAUUACUUAUUAAAAUCCUUAUUUUCGGAAUUGUUCUCGCAUGAUCGUCGUAAAAAAAAAAAGGAGGAAAAGAAAAAGGGAUGAGACAGGGGAAGGAGGUAGAGAGAGAGAAAGAGAGAGAGAGAGAGAGAGAGAGAAAGAGAGAGAAAGAGAGAGAAAGCGUUGAAAAAACACAAUGUAUUUGAAAAAUCCGUUGGUGGGUGUGCGAGUAUAUCCUCCCACUUUAACGACCUUUGAACUCUGAGUACGCAUUUGACAAAGAUACAAUUUUUAUCGAACGUAGUUACAUAGGAAACUUGCGUACGAAUCUGAACGAUAGCGUUAAACGAAAAGGAAAAAAGGAGAAACUAUUUUGUGUGCGUGUGGAGUAUAUACAUGUAUAUUGUAUAAAUAGUAAUAUCCGUGUAUGUGUGUGUAUGUGUGCGUUUGUCAUGUUUGCGUAUUAUUGAAUACGUCAGAUCGAAUAUAUAUAAUUUUAAGCCUGUAAAAAAAAAAUGAAAGGAACGAAAAUGCAUAACUUCGAUUUUUGUAGAGAAUAAAGAGAAAGAGAGAGAGAGAGAGAGAGAGAGAGAGAGAGAAAGAGAGUGAGUGAGUGAAUGAGUGAGUGAGAGAGAGAGAGAGAGAGAGAGAGAAAGAAAUAAAAAAAAAGCAAACAAUUGUAUGACUCGCUGGAAUUUAUCUAUUAGAAAAAUUUUAUUACGUAUUAAAAUAAAUUUAAUUGAUUUAUAUGUGUAAACAAGACGAUUGUCUAAGAAGUAUAUAGAUAAAGCGACGAACAGAUUUAAAAUGGUAAAAAAAAAAAAAUGAUUCUAAAUAAUUAGGAUGACAUUAAGUGAUUGUACAUUUGAUCCUUAGAAACGCUAUUUGUUUACUAAAAAUAAACGCUAGCCAACGUUGUACUACAGUUUAACAAAAAAAAAAAAAAUAAAAAAUAAAAAAAAACAAAAAGAAAAGAAGUGCAGCGUCGUGAAAUGGACAACAAAAAACAAAAAAAAAAAGAAAUAAGAAAUGCUAAGGUAACGAGAAAAAAAGUAAAAAAUGUAUUACACAUACAUAUACUAUGAUACAUAUAAAGUAAACUACAUAAUAUUAGUUUAGUAACGACUAUUAUUAUCUCUUUUAUUAUGAUUAUUAGUUAUUAAUUAUUAUAUUAUUUUAUUAUCAUCGUCAUCGAAUAAGAUGAAGAGAGCGACGCGAUCGAUUUGGUAAAAAGUACACCCGUUGCCAGUGGUAUCGGACAAAUUUUAUCUAACCGCAUAGUGUGUUGUAAAUGCCAAAUUAAAUCAAAAAGAAAAGAAACGAAACUAAGAGAAAUGAAAAGAAUAGAAAAAGGGAAAGUGUUUUUAAUCGAACGAAUAAAAACAAAAUCAGUUUGCUAAAUGGAAAGGCGCGCGGAUAUAGACGUAGCGGAAACGUAAAACUGUAAACGAGUGUCCUCAGUUUUAGUGGGGUGCUCAAUGGAGAAGAAAAGGGUGGGCUUUAAAAUAAUGCUGGUGCUGUGCUGUGAUUUUUAUAAAAAAAAUAAAAAUAGAAAGAGAGAGUAAGAGAGAGAAAGAAAGAGAGAGAGAGAGAGAGAGAGAGAGAGAGAGAGAGAGAGAGAGAAAGAACGAACAAACGAACGAACGAAAAAGUCAGAGGCCCGAGUACAUAAAAGAGUCGCUCUAUAUCGUCUCUUUUAGUGAUCUUAAAAAGGGACAUUUUUAUGAAAAUGUGCAGAUAGCCUAAGUACCUGGACCCUGCCCUAAGUUCUUCACCAGACUUUAAACGGAGAUAAAAAAAUAAAAAAAAAUAAAAAAAAGGAAGACAAAAUUACGUUCUUACCGAUUGUAUAGGCUGUAUAAUGUAUUUGCUUUGAAACAAAUUUAAUAUAGAUUGUUAAUCGCUAAUUAUGGAAGAGAAAGAGAAGAAAACGGGGGGAGAAAAAGAAAAAAAAAGAAAAGAAUAUUGUGAAGAAAAGAAGGAGGAAGAAGAAGAAGAAGAAGAUAAAAGGAGCUGUCUCCAAUCGUAUAAUAACGUUUCCUUUCGUGAACUUUACCCGACGACAACAACAACAACAACAACAACAACAACAACAACACAGCCCUCGCAGAUAAAAAGCCUUAAUGUACCUAACGCAUUUGCAAUCGCAUAUACGUUACCGGAAGGUGGGAUAGAAAUUUAAUCGCACUAUGACGACGACGACGACGACGAAGAUGACGACGAUGACGACGUAUCCAGGGUCGCCCACGCACAGACAGGUCGUCCUCGCCCCCGCGCCCCCCUUUACCACUAUAAUGUCUAAUAGAAAACUAAUGUAAUUAGCAAUUGGAGACAAUCUCCGGACUAAAGAUAUAAUCUAGCGAGUACUAUUUGCCACGACGUAGCAUAAUUACACAUUAAAAAAGAAAUCAUCGAGUGGAAGUUGAGUUAAAAGAGAGAAACAAAGAAAAAAGAAGAAUAUUAAAACAAAAACAAAAAAUAUAUAUAUACAUAUAUAUAUAUAUAUGUAUGUAUAUAUAUAUGUGGACUGAAACAACACGAAACACAAUUAACAAAAAGGACCUGUAUUCCUCUCGUCUCCUUUUUUUUAGAAUGAUAAAAAUAGUGAGUCGUUACGCGCUUUAUAUAUAUUAUACAUCUCGAAUAUAUGAAUAUACGAAUAACAUAAAAACGUACAGAAGCAAAUACAGAAAUGCAGGCAUCUUGUCGUUAAAUUGUAAGAUAUUGUGUUCAAACUCCAGAAUGUACUCUGAUUCCCUUUCCCAGACUACUAUAUAUUAAAUAUAUUGUGCACUAUGCUCCAACUUGUCCAUACAAAUAAAUAUAUGAAAAAAUCUCAA